AUGGACAGAAGACACUUCAGCACCGUCGACAGCCUCACCCAUCUCUGGACCACGCUGGGUCUUCCACCAAAAGCCCUCGGGUCCGUCCGCCUCCCAGACGCAGACGCCCUGGGUCUCCCCUCGUCGUUCAAGAUCGGAAACCUGGCGCAGUCGUCCAUCGCGCUGACGGCUCUACUUGCGGCGCUGAUCCACACGUCCCAGCGCCAUCGGGGUGCCGAGAACGAGAACGACGGUGACGAUGACGAGGGUAACGACACGGCAGUCCCAACGGUCACAGUCCCCCUGCACCACGCCGUAGUCGAGUUCCGGUCCGAGCGAUUCCACACGAUCGCGGGCUCCCAUCCGGGUGGCGGACGACCGCACAGCGCCGUCGGCGGCCUCCACCACACCUCGGACGGGUGGGUGCGCGUGCACGACAUUUUCCCGCACCACCGCGCGCGGGCACUCGAGGUUCUGGGCUGCGGUGCGGACGCUGACCGAGAGGCCGUGGCCGCCGCCAUGGGCAGGUGGCGGUGCGUGGAUCUGGAGAAUACGGCGCUCGAGGCUGGCGCGGUGGUCGCCGCCCUCAGGAGCUAUGAGCAGUGGGAUGUUCUUCCCCAUGCGAAGGCGAUUAGGGAUUUCCCUAUUCAGAUCAGGGAGAUCGGUAGUGUCGACGAUGGCCUCGCUGGUGGUCGUGGUGACGGCAGUCAAGGCGGCUGGCAGGAAAGAAUGUCCCAGCAGAACAGUGGCGACAACUCCAAUGCCAAAGCCCUCCACGGCGUCCGAGUCCUCGAGAUGAGUCGAGUCAUCGCAGCCCCCGUAGCCGGACGAACACUGGCCGCGCACGGCGCCGACGUGCUCUGGGUCACCAGCCCCGGCCUGCCCGACCUCCCCGUCAUCGACCGCGACACAGCACGGGGCAAACGCACCGCGAGUUUGGACCUCGACCCCGGCGCCGACGCCAAAGCCGACAACCCCUCGCACGCCUCUGCGCGUGCGCGGGAGAACCACAAAAGCAACAGCGCAAGCGACAAGGAGAUAUUACUCUCGCUCCUCGACGACGCCGACGUCUUCCUCCAGGGCUACCGCCCAGGCAGUCUCGCAGGGCGCGGCCUGUCGAUCGACGCACUCAUCGCGCGACGCAGACAAAAGGGCAUCAGACGCGGGAUCGUCUGCGCGAAUCUCUCGGCCUACGGGGCCGACGGGCCCUGGCGUGCCCGGCGCGGCUUCGACUCGCUCGUCCAGACGUGCUCGGGCAUGAAUGUGUCGGAGGCCGAACAUUUUUCCUCUGCGAGGGACGAUGCCGGCUCUACUACUGGUAGUGCUGCUCCUCACAAUGCUGGUGGUGUCGGUACCUCUGGCGCGGGUAGCGCUGCGCGCCCAAUGCCCUGUCAGGCCCUGGACCACGCGUCAGGCUACUUCCUCGCCGCGGGGAUCAUGGCCGCGCUGUACCGCCAGUCCCAGCCCGGCUGUUCUGGCUACUCGUACGAAGUCAGCGUCAGCCUGGCCGGGACGAUGAAAUACCUGCGCAGCCUAGGCCAGUACCCGGGCAACACUGGGUUCAAGUGCGCCGACUAUGGGACCAUGCAGGACGUGCCCGCCGAAUACCUCGAGGAGCGCAUGUCCGGGUUCGGCCUGCUCAAGGCCGUCAAACACUCCGCGACCAUCGACGGCGUGCCCGUGGGGUGGGACAUUAUGCCGAAUCCAUUGGGGUCUGAUGAGCCUCGAUGGCCUUGA